AAUAUCCACAGAGAUUGAGAGAUCCAUCAUCACUUUAUAUCUAUGCCUAUAUAAACAAACACACCGCUCUCUUCUUUUUUAUUUCACAUCUCACCAAAUCUUAAUUCGUUUCACAGAGCAAAAUCAAACUCAAUUCUUCUCGAGAAAAAUGUCAGGUCGUGGAAAGGGAGGUAAAGGUUUGGGCAAAGGAGGAGCCAAGCGUCACAGGAAGGUUCUGAGAGACAACAUCCAAGGAAUCACCAAGCCUGCGAUACGGAGGUUGGCUCGUCGAGGUGGCGUCAAGCGUAUCAGCGGUCUGAUCUACGAGGAGACGCGUGGCGUUCUCAAGAUCUUUUUGGAGAACGUUAUCCGUGAUGCUGUUACUUACACCGAGCACGCGAGGAGGAAGACGGUGACUGCCAUGGAUGUGGUCUAUGCUCUUAAGAGACAAGGAAGGACUCUCUACGGAUUCGGCGGCUAGGGUUUUGAAUUGUUUCUUCUUUUGUGCUUUUUUUACGUUUAUUAGAAAUGUUAAUUUUCAGAAUUUGCUGUUAAUUCCCUAAAAACUCAAAAAAAACGAAGGAUCUAUUUGCAAUUUCGUAUUCUUGAUUGUGUUU